AUGUUUGAAACGGAGGGAAGAAGCAUGUCGCGCCUGUCUUUGACCCGGUCUCCGGUUUCUCCUCUAACCGCACAAGGAAUCCCUCUACCGGCUCAGCUCACCAAAGCCAAUGCUCCCGUUCACAUUGACGUCGGUGGACACAUGUACACCAGCAGCUUGGCCACUCUCACCAAAUACCCAGACUCAAGAAUCAGCCGCCUGUUUAAUGGCACCGAGCCCAUCGUCCUGGACAGCUUGAAGCAGCACUAUUUCAUCGACCGGGAUGGAGAGAUAUUCCGCUACAUUCUCAGUUUCCUCAGAACCUGCAAACUCCUUCUUCCUGACGACUUCAAGGAUUUCAACCUGCUGUAUGAGGAGGCGCGGUAUUACCAGCUGACGCCCAUGAUCAAGGAGCUGGAGCGUUGGAAGCAGGAGCGGGAGCAGCGACGGCUGGCCCAGCCCUGUGACUGCCUGGUGGUACGCGUCACCCCAGACCUGGGCGAGAGGAUAGCCCUCAGCGGAGAGAAGGUACUCAUCGAGGAGAUCUUCCCCGAAACCGGAGACGUCAUGUGCAACUCGGUCAACGCCGGGUGGAACCAGGACCCCACGCACGUCAUUCGGUUCCCUCUCAAUGGCUACUGCAGGCUCAACUCAGUCCAGGUGCUGGAGCGUCUGUUUCAGAAGGGCUUCAGCGUGGCUGCAUCAUGCGGCGGCGGCGUGGACUCGUCUCAGUUCAGCGAGUACGUCUUGUGUCGCGAGGACCGGCGGAGUCAGUCCGUCAACACCCCUAUCAGGAUAAAGCAGGAACCCCUGGACUAG